AUGUUUUGUGUGUUUAUUAUUUUGCAUGGUCUGAUUUUGAAUGUACUUGGCAAAGUUCCGACAAUUUCAAUUGACAAGACUGAUGGUUGUCAAAUGUAUUUGAAUCAAGAAUCACUUGACGUUGAAUUGAUUACUAGCAAAUCUAGUGAAAUGAAUGUUAUGGUACCUAAAAGUAACGGUGAUUACACGGAAUAUCCAGUGCCAGAGCAAUUUAAAACGACUAUUAAUCCCAAAGGAUUGUCAACGAUAGCCGUCGACUCACUGGGAUAA